AUGCGGGAGAGUAAAGUUUUACGGGACUAUAUUGUAAUAGAGUAUUCAUUUGACCGUCGAGUGAAUGAGCCUGUUUAUCGAAAAACAAUCAUAGACCGCUUGCAAGUGAUUGAUAUGGAUUUUCAAAGUCAAUCCCUCGCACUCUAUGGGUAUGGGCAGUUUUAUCAUCGCGUGGGUCUGUGUGUAUUGGCCAUGAAGACUUAA